AGGUUGAAAAACUACGCUGCCCUGUCUGCAGCCACAGAGUGACUGCAGUCUCAUGGAUGACGACAGCCCCUUUGAACUAGAACAUAAUAUAAAAAUGGCAGAACUCUUCAUGGAAUGUGAAGAAGAAGAUUUAGAACCAUGGCAAAUUAUAGACUCUUCGAGUGAGGAUGACUUGAUCUUUGUUGGAGAGAUACCUGCUUCAAAACCAGCCUCUUCAAAUGCCUUGAACAUGGGUAAUUUCUCCAGCUCAUCCUCAAAGGGAAUAAAGAAGGAGGCACACUCCCCAUCUGGAAGACUUGGAAGAAGUAGUUCUGAUCUAAACAUUUCUUCAAGUCCACCAGAAGGAGACCCAACAAUAUGUUCUAUGUCCACUGUACUCUACCUUACUCCUGAUGCAAGAUCUGCAGAUAGCAUGACGACUAAAAAUUUUCUAGGGGGUUUACAACACAUUGAUUUGGAUGAGCUUGCACGCCUACAGUGUAACCAGAAAAUAGUGCCAAAGUCAGCAGUUGCAUCAAAAGCUGUUAUGCAAGGUACAGAUGCCUCAUCAUCUGUCCGAAAAGCUUGUCCAAGAUGCAGUACUGAGUUCAAGCUUUGCAUUGCUUUGAAAUGCCACAUGAAGCGUUGUUGUCCAGAUAUGGCAAAUAAUUUUAUGAAAACCAAUGAACCCGGACUUUCACAUGCAAAAAGCACCACUAAGGUUGAUUCAGACAAAAAGAAAUUAGUCAUGUUAGUGAGCGACUUUUAUUAUGGACAAUAUGAAGGAAAUAAUGCGGAAGAAGCAAAGUGUUACACAACUUUUCAAUGCCCCAGCUGCUUGAAAGUUUUCAAAAACAAUAUUAGAUUCAUGAACCACCUGAGAUAUCACGUGGCAACCGAAAAGCAGAGCAAUUGUGAAAACCCUAUCAUCUGCCAGUACUGCUUCCGGCAGUAUCCCACAUCUUUCCAGCUGCAGUGCCACAUUGAGAGUACACAUACCCUUCAGGAAGUUUCUACUAUUUGCAGAAUCUGUGAAUUAUCAUUUGCAUCAGAACGUAUUCUUUUACUGCAUAUGAAGGACACUCACAAACCUGGUGAGAUGCCAUAUAUAUGCCAGGUUUGCCAGUUUAGAUCAUCAACAUUUGCUGAUGUGGAAACUCAUUUUAAAACAUUCCAUGAAAACACUAAGCACUUGUUAUGCCCCUUUUGCCUGAAAGUUAGUGAAAUAGCAGCCACCUAUAUGAAUCAUUACAUGAGCCAUCAGAAAAAAGGAGUUCAUCGUUGCACAAAAUGCAGGCUGCAGUUUUUGACCGCCCAGGAGAAAAUGGAUCACAAAUUACAGCAUCGGACAUUUAUAAAGCCUAAAGAAUUACAGGGAUUGCCUUCAGGAACAAAAGUUACUAUUCGAGCUUCAUUUGGACAUCUUCACUCAAAAUCACUAAUUAAAAGUUCUAUAAGCACUUCUCUUGAGGUUUUGCCUCCAUGCCGUGGUAGUACGUCUGCUACAAGUUCUACAGAUGCCAGUGCAAGCAAGACAAGUAAGCCUGACGAGACUUUAUCCAGUGGAAGUCCAGCUAGCACAACUCAGCUACAGGGAGAUACAGCUGACCCUUGCAUGAAACCCAUUACCCAAUUGAAGAGUCAGCGCAACGGAAGAAAUACAAUCAGCAUAGCUUUGAAGAAGUUAAGGUGCCGUCAGGAGAUACACACGUGCAUCGAGUGUCACUCCAAAAUAAAAGAUUUUGCAAGCCACUUUUCUGCAAAUAUACACUGCAGUUUUUGCAAAUACAACACUAACUGUAAUAAAGCCCGUAGAGAGCAUAUGACAAGUAGUCAUGGCAACUCUCAAAAACAGCAGAUUCAUUUUCUGAAGAAGCAUUCUUCCAAAGCUUUCAGGGGCAUUACUGUAGUCUGCCUUCACUGUGAUUUCCUAAGCGAUUCUACGCGCCUAGAUCGUAUGGCUAAACACUUAAGUCUUUAUAGAACUCACAGUUGCCAAGUUGUGAUCGAGAAUAUGACCAAAAUUACCUCAACUUCUGAACUCACUGCUGGCCAGUUGAUGAACUAGGUUGCUGCUGUGUGACGAUCGUACAACCUGGUGCGAGACAAGUUGGAAUAUCCCAAGUUCAAUGUUCUGAAGUGUUUUCUUACCCAAAGGCAGUUUCCCAAGUUUAAAGUUCUGACGCAUAAAGUUUAACCACAUGAAGGUGGUUAAACUACCAAUUCAUGACACUAGGUCUUAGAAGCUUUUUCAGUUUUCAGAUGGCUCUAGAUUCUCUACCUUAUCUCUUUCAGGUUAAUGCAUCUUAACGCGUGUUUUUUCCUCCAGUUGGCACUCUGCAAAACUAAUUUGUGUUACUAUAGUCUUCCCUUGCUUGCUUAAGUAAUGUGCGUUUUUCUCUGGUGUGUUUGCCUUUGGAAUAUUACAUUCCAAACUAUAGGAACUGUUCAUCGUUUAUUGUCUGAUUUGUCUGCUUUCUUUGAAGUGUUACAUUUUAGGUCAAAUAGCUGGGUUUUUUUUUC